GAUCCGCCCGCCGUGCGUCUGAGAACCGCUCCGUCCUCGUCUUCCUCCUCGCUCUCAACGUCCAUGCUAGCCUCCUUGUCAGCGUCAGCGCCGGUGGGGCCACCAUCCCGCCUGCAUCUGCGCUAUUCCUCCUCAAUCUGCUUCUCCAUCCGUCCCAGGUUAUCCUCCUCCGCUGGCUCCCGCUCUUCCCGGUGGCGCUUGAUGCGCUUCUUAGAGACAUCAGCAUCGUCUGAACCAUACGCGUCUACAUCCUCGUCUGAAUCAGCGAACAGGACAGUCAACACUUCAUCGCCGCCGCCCGCUCUCACGAGCCUCGCAUGCGGCGAGCCUCCCUCCCGUCUUCUCUGGCAUUCAUGCGUGGACGCAGGCUGGCGGAAGGGUGCCACCUUCGACGUGGUGCCACCUGUCGCGACUCGAGCGUACAGCUGGUUGAGUCGAAGGGGUCGAUGUUGGCUGAAGUAUCGAGGAGGGUAAACCGGGAUGGGCGACGUACUGAAGAAAGUAGUAGUAUCGAGCGCUGUUGCCAUCAGUUAGUCGUUAAACUCGUGGUGGGGCACAUAGACGUACCGUGUCAUACUGCGGGACACAGUACUGACAUACUAGUAUUCACAAUCGUGGUGUUCAGGCACAUCACGGUCAUGUCUGGCCUAGGCGUGCGAGGCAAAUGUGUGUCCCAGACAGACCGGACUCGGACCCGUGUACGCACGGCAUGUCGCGAUCCGCAGAGCUCUCAUCGUCGAGGUUCACGCAAUGUCGACCGAGGAGUGGUAGCGCGGCAGCGACAACUCGGAGUAGAAGCCGCCGAGAGUAACGAUGUCCAGGUAGUUGUGGAGGUCCGAGUGAUCUUGAGCAGUGGUCCGGUCAUCGUGCAUCUAGUGCUCGAGCAGCAACUGGUCGGAAUACUGUAUGCUCAGCCGAGACCUACGUCAGCAAGACUCAGCAUGGCCCCUGCAUAGACCGAACUGGCGCUACUCAGUAACUGAGACUCACCUGCGCCUGCUCUCUCCGAGUGAAUCCUUCCGGGGGUACUAGUGGAGGGCGACGUCCUCACCCAUCUCGCCGUGAAGUGCGCGAGGCUGAGCGUACGCUUCCACAAACCGAACAACUAGACGCUGGGUCGUUGGCAGCGCCGGACGCGUUUCCCGUAAGUAGCUCGGCCACUCAGUACUCAGUACUCAGCGCCCACUAGCAAGACACUUCAGAACGGUGACGACGCGU